CUUCGAUUGUAGUGUACAUUGCUGUUUGCAGACAAUUAGUAGCAGUUUUGGUGUACCUUAUUCAGUGCAACUAACCCUUUUUUUUUUAUUAUUAGUUUAAAGUUGAGUCCUUUAUCACAUUAUCACACACAGCAACAGCCAUGGAAUCUGAGGCAACAGAGCUUUUCAAAAGCAAAUUUGCACUAAAAAACAUACCCAAACGCGUUUUCAUUUUUCCAAUCACAGCACUAAUCCUGGUCAUACUUCUUCCUCUAUUCACACACUUAAAUCAAUCAUCUUCAAAAUUUCUAUUCACAACUACUGUGGUGGAAACAACAAGCUGCAAUUUAUUUUCUGGAAAAUGGGUUCCUUAUCAAAAACAACCUUAUUACAACGAAAGUUGUCCUUUUAUAACGGAGAAACAAAACUGUCUAUUGCAUGGAAGACCCGAUACAGAUUUCCUCAAAUGGAGAUGGAAACCAAAUGAUUGUGAGCUUCCGAUGUUUGAUGCAAUUCAGUUCUUCAAGCUUGUUAAGGGAAAGUCAAUGGCUUUUGUUGGGGAUUCAAUUGGGAGAAACCAGAUGGAAUCAUUGCUCUGCCUCUUAAAUUCUGUAGCUCAUCCUGAGGACAUUACAACCAAAUAUGUAUCCAAUAUUGAAGACCUAACAUAUUUCAAAUGGUGGUUCUAUGCUGAUUAUAAUUUCACCAUUACAAUGUUGUGGUCCCCUUUUCUAGUAAAAUCCUCUAAAUCUUACAUCUACAAUAGUUCUUUCUACCAACCUGAAAAUCUUUAUCUAGAUGAGCCAGAUACAGCUUGGACAAGUCGAAUUGAAAAUUUCGACUACGUGAUUUUCUCAGGUGGACAAUGGUUUUUCCGACCAUUCAUAUUCUAUGAAAAUGGUUCGGUUGUUGGAUGUCAAAAAUGCAACAACUCAAUAGAACUCAAUUUUUAUGGAUACAAAAAAGCAUACCAAACAGCUCUCAAAACUAUGACAAAUCUUAAAAGAUUCAAAGGGUUGGCAUUUUUAGUGACACAUUCUCCAAACCAUUUUGAAAAUGGUGCAUGGAAUGAAGGUGGAGGUUGCAAUAGAACACAACCUUUUAUUAAAGAUCAAGAAUGGGAGGUGCAUCCAUAUGGUCUAGAGAUAUUACAUCAAAUACAAUUCGAGGAAUUUAGCAUUGCAAAGAAGGUAGCAGGAGAGAAUGGUCUGCGUCUUGGUUUGAUCGAUAUAACGGAUGCAAUGUUGAUGAGGCCGGAUGGACAUCCUAAUAAAUAUGGGCACGCUCUAGAAAAAAAUGUGAGUCUAAUUAAUGAUUGUGUUCAUUGGUGUAUGCCAGGGCCUGUUGAUACAAUUAAUGAGAUUUUUCUCUAUCUCAUGAGAAUGGUUUAACAAUAGAUAUUCUGAUUUUUUGUUUCAAAAUGUACACUAGUGUUUAGGAAAAAACUCAAUAAAGAUUGUGUAGUUUAACUGUAUUAUUUGAAAAAUAAAAAUUAAUUUUUUAAUA